AUCUAGGCCUAUGGGCAGAUUCACGGCCUCCAAAUACAAAAAUGGCUCACCAAAGAAGCUAAACAAAGAGGAAACAGCCUUUGGGAUACGAAUAAGCGAGCUAUGUCAAAACGACCCAAUUGCCUGCGGAGUGGACAAGGUAGUGUUCACAGGAGAGGCUGCAAGUUUGGGAGUGCUUGAUGUCGGGGAGGUGGGUAACGUGCAGGCCAGAUCCCUCAGGGGGCACAGUGAGUUUGUGCGCUCCCUCCAGUUCAACCCCUUUAACAAAGACUGUUUGUGCACGUGCGCAGGAGAUGGAAUGGUAAAGCUGUGGAACACAGACUCUUUAACCUGUUCAGCUACUAUCAAUGUCUCUGAACAAGUGCACAUGACAAGAUUCCACCCGGUAGCAGCUAACCUGGUACUGAUAGCUGACCACACCCACCUCCGUCUCUACGAUAUCAGCACCCAGAAGCAGCUUUACUCUGAGGAGAGGAGUUGUAGUACUGUCAGCUGGAGCUAUGAUGGCAGUCUGGCUUGUGCUGCUAGUAAGAGUGGCGAGGUAUCCAUACUGGACAUCAGGAAACGGAACGCCAUUGCCACAGCAACACUGUUCGACUCCGGAAAAGACGUUAACCACGAGUGGCUGGGUGUUGAUAAACUUGUACUUGCUGGUUACAAGAACCGAGACAGAGUAUUUCAGUCGGUGGAUAUGUCAAACUUGUCGAGCGUUAUUAGCACCCUCCGGUUGGGAGCCGGCUCAGGAGUUCCUCACGUUAAGUAUGAUCAUGACACGCGGAUGCUGUUUUUGUACGCUAAGGGGGACCACGGUUUCACGUAUUGCGAAGUUGGAAAUGAGGGAACAAUAAAGGAGAACAGCAAGGAGCACUGUAAUGAUGUCAUCAAGGGAAUCACACUUGCUCCAAAGUCAACUCUUAACGUUAUGGCAGGAGAGGUUAACCGGCUAAUGAUCCUGCACCAGACGGGAAUCAGCCCCACACCCUUCAUAGUCCCCAGAAGAAGUUACAUUGACUUCCAUGCUGAUCUCUUCCCCUGAAACCAGAGGACCUGUUCCUGGAGUAGGCGCGGAGGGUUGGUGGAACGGUAAAGAUGGUUACCGGGAGUUGAUCAGCCUGGAUCCUUCCGCUAAGUCGCACCAGAGUAAGGACUCCAAUGGUACUGAGACUGCCAAGAAAAUUGAGGAAGCGGCUCCGGUAGUCCCCGCUGCUGUUGUCGAAGAGAACGAGAAACACAAAGCCGUUAUCUCCAACCUUACCACCGGCCAGUCUGUUCUCCGUAACAUUGAGGGACUGUUAGCUCACAGAGAUCUUCACUAUCACGGUCUGAAGAACGUGCAGACUGUCUUCCCUCAGGAGUCUAAUGGCUUUCAGAUCGGCAGGAAAUACGGAGUACACCACAUGGUAGGAAGUGGGGGUAGGUUAGGAGUGAUAGAUCUAGCUGACCCUGGACAAAACAACACUCCCCAACUGGAGAUUGUAAACGUGGGCAGUCCUACCGUGUUCGAGUGGGACCCUUUCUGUGGGGAUGAAGUGCUCGCUGUGGGAGGCGACUGUGCUACGAUAAACCUGUGGAAAAUAAACGACAUGAACUCAACCACGCUUCUAGGAAACUUAAAGGGACACAACAGCAAACUUAGUAUGCUGUGUUACCAUCCCGGGGUGGCCGGACUACUUGCUGCUUGUGAUACUACCGGCACUCUCAUCUUGUGGGACUCUCACAAACAAACCAAGCUAAAAACGUACGAUAUGGGCGGUGAAAGCGGGUGUAAUGCAAUGUGCUGGGAUUCGUUAGACGGAUAUGUCAUUUACCUGGCUCAGAAAUCUGGUAAGAUCAUUGCGUUGAACUGCAGAACCGAUUCCAAAAAGGUUGUCGACAUAAAGAGUGAAAUUAAGAAUGCUCGGAUGGGAGCGACACGAGACGUCCUUGUAGUCACCGUACACGGACAUGGGAACUCCCGGACACUCUACAGUCUGAGACUGUGUAGGGAAGAGGAGGAGUUUACCUUGCUGGCAAGUCACAGUUUGGGAAUUGGAACUUCCUUGUAUACCCCACUUCUGGAUUUGGAUCUUAACAUGGCUUGCUGUGUCGCAAGAGGAGAAGCAUCAGUUAUGCCGUUUGAGCUCCGGAAAGAGCCCCCAUACAUCUUACCCCUCGCCGUACACAACGGUAUCGGAACUCAGUAUGCUUGUACACAGGCCAACAAAUCCUCCUGCGAUGUGAUGUCUGUAGAAGUGAUGAAGUUGUAUAAACUUUGCAAGGAUAGUGUGCAGUUUAUCACCAUGUUGGUUCCCAGACUUCGCAAGGAGUAUUUCCAGGACGAUAUUUUCACGACAAAGAUGGACUUCUCAUCUGCGAUAAUGACAGCAGGUGACUGGAGCUCAGGUAGCCAGUACCAUGUAAAGAGUGUAGAUCCUUGUCCCGAGGGUGUUAAGAGAAUGUCUGAAGUAGAGGUCGUCAAGAAGGGCAAUCAGCAGUCAAAGAUACAACAAGAGCACCUGAAGUUCAAGUCACACGAAGCUCAAAGAGACGAGCUGUUCAACUCGUUUGCCGAGCAGAUACAGAAAGAAGCGGGCCCACUCGAACAGGACAUGAUGGAGGGUUGCGAAGAUGACGAGUGGAGCGACUAGGGCCAACUUACUCCCUGUUCUUUUCAAGCAUUGAGAUAAUUAUCUUUAUUGUGUAUUAGGCCGAUAUUAGCUAUUUGACAAAGGGGCUCAAAAACUGUUGGGGAGCUUUAAUAACUGCAGAAUCUUAGUGGGUAUUCUUCAUUUCAAAUUUGUAUUAUCAUCUGGUCGUGUUCUUAUACUGCUAACUGCUGUGACUGUGAGUGUGAUACUGAUAUUUUUAAAAGAUUUAAAUGUUAACUUAAGCCAACAAUUAAACCCGUGUUGAUUAACCCAAUCGCUUUUCUGUUUUUACGUAUAUUCACAAGAAAAUUUUGUAUUUAAAUUCAAGGCAGCAGGGAUUUAUUUUGGUUUAAGUACCAAGGCAAAAUGUAUUGCUAUCGCACGGUGUGUAUAGUAUGUAUUUCAAUCUUUUAAAUUAUUUACGUUUUCUGUCACGUUUGUUUUGCUAUUAAAUGAUUUUGUAAGUGACUGUCGCCCAAGUUGUGUAUCGCUGCAACUUUUUGUU